UGUUGCCAUGGCGGAGGAGGAGGCGGAGGAGAGGCGAGGGGAAGGGGAACCGGCUCUCAGCUCAGCCCGCGCUGCCCAGCCUUGCCGGGAGGCAGGAGCAUCACUUCCCUGGGAGCCUCCCCGGCCAGUGCAAGGAGCCCGGCGCGGCGGCAGGAGGCGGCGGCGGGGAGCGGGGGGAGGCAGCCGCCUGCGAGCUCCGGGCUGAUUGUCCCACUUUUCUCCUCCCAGCCUAGCUCCCUGCGUCCUGCCGGCCGGCGGGGAGGCGCCGAAGUGCCCGGAGGGAGCCCAGCGUGCCGGCGCGGAGCCCCCCGGCGGGAGGAUGCGCUGAGCCGCCCCAGAGGAGGGGGCGCUGCUCCCGCUCGGCCAGAUGGUAUUAUAAUGGAAUGGCAGCUGAGAAGAUGAGACUAUGAGUGAAGAGUGUGUCUUGGAGAUUGCAUGCAGUUCAUUUUCCUGGGUCAAAAGUGGAUUGGUUUGAGAACAAUAAUUAUGAGGCUGACGUGUAUGUUCUCCUUCAUCUUGCUGUUUGGAGCAGCGGGACUUGUCGUCUUCAUUCAUCUGCAGGAUCCAGAAGACAUAGUUCAUCAGCAGACACCAGGGAUAAAAUAUAACAUGGGACCCCAACAACCCAAAAAACAGGACUGCACUUCUAGCAACAAUCAUGACGUAAGAAUAAGAAAAUAUUCUGCAGAGGAAUUAGCAAUGGGAAACCAGAGAAGUUCAUUAUACUCACCUGUGAAUGCACCUACUAAGCUUCAAAGUACAGACAGAAAACAAAAUAUAAUGUUUGUGAUGAAAGACCAUCAGAAAAAAGAUGCAGAAGUUAAUCCUAUCGGGCUCCACAAACGGCGAAGGAGAUUUAUCAUUAAGAAGAGCCCUAUACUGAUUGCUAUGAACAGUUCUUCUCUCAACCUGCCUAUGCUUAAAUCUGAGGACAGAAACAACAACAAUUGGAAAAGUCUUUAUCAGAUCCAAAGAGAAAGAAAGAGAAUAAUGAGAGAUACUUGUUCCAAAUACAAGAGUAAUAACAGACGGAUAAUCACUCCUUAUCAUGUUUCCAGAAUAUUUGUAGAAGAUAAAUACAGAAUUCUAUACUGUGAAGUUCCAAAAGCUGGCUGUUCUAACUGGAAACGAGUGCUCAUGGUUCUCAAUGGGUUGGCUUCCUCCACAAAAGAUAUACAGCACAACACAGUGCAUUAUGGAAAUUAUUUAAAAAGGUUGGAUGGGUUUGAUCGCAAAGGGAUUUAUCACAGGCUCAACACUUACACCAAGAUGCUUUUCAUUCGCGAACCCUUUGAAAAGUUGGUAUCCGCAUUUCGGGACAAGUUUGAGCAUCCGAACAAUUACUACCACCCUGUUUUUGGAAAAGCUAUUAUUUCGAGAUACCGUGUCAAUGCCUCCAAAGAAGCAUUAAGGACAGGUUCCGGAGUCAAAUUUAAAGAGUUCAUUCAAUAUCUUCUAGAUGUACAUAGACCAGUGGGCAUGGACAUUCACUGGGAUCAUGUCAACAGGCUUUGCAGCCCAUGUUUAAUAGACUAUGACUUUGUAGGGAAAUUUGAAAGCAUGGAAGAAGAUGCAAAUUUUUUCCUGCAUUUAAUUGGUGCUCCACAAAAUUUAACUUUCCCUAGGUUUAAAGACAGACAUUCCAAUGAAGAACGAACCACCACUAAAAUUACACAGAGCUAUUUUGCACAGCUUUCCCCUGCUCAAAGACAACACAGUUAUGAUUUUUAUUAUAUGGAUUAUUUGAUGUUUAACUAUUCAAAACCUUUUGAAGAUUUGUAUUAGAAAGUAAGAGACACUUCUAUUUCAUAUCAGCUGAAUUACAUAAUAGAUACUGGUCUUGGUACACUGAUGCUCUAGAAGCACAUCACUAUUAUAUUUUCUAAGAAUAAUCAGUGGAUUCAUGCGACAUAGUAAAACUGAUAGCUUUUCAUGUACAAAAUCUCAUUUUAGAAAAUUUACCAUAAAUAACAAAAAUUGACUUUUACAUUUGGCCUGAAAUAUCAAAGAAAAACGGGAAAUACAAAGUCCUUAUGCCUCCAUGUGGUGUCUCCUAGAUGUUACCGUCUGUUUAGCAAAGGGUCAGUUAAAGAGCAUUUCCACAGCAGCAAACAAUAAGUAGCAGAGCAUAAAUGAUUUACAAUUAGUGACGUUUACAUCUGCCCCUUAACUUCCUCCUUUAAAUCAUAAUUUUUCUACGGUUUCUCCAUGUGAUAACAAUAUACAUCAAGGCUCCUAAAUAAAGCACAUGAUUUUC